AUGUCUGUUCUACCGGAGGGUCCAAUCUGGUUCCAACAUGAGUCGUUGAAGCGUCCAGGCUAUGAUCCUGCUGACCCCGAUCAGUUCUACAAUUUCAUGCUCGUAGAAGUCGUAGUCAACAAGGAGACAGCGCACAAACAAGGCAUCAUGGGAUGGCAGUAUCAUCUUCGAACAAAAGAGCACAUUGUAGGCUAUGAGCCUUACGAUUGUAAGGGAAUCGAUCUUACUCGGCACCCCAGAAACUUUCUUCGUACUCUGGAUCCUGGCUCGCCCAACACUCAGGUCAACUAUAAAAGGUGGCAAUACAUGUCCGUUAUGUACGGCCCAGAAGCGAAGACCCUCACCAAAAGAAUCAAGAUGACAAGCGCCGUCAGCAGGGGUGAUAUGAUCGGAAAGGGUGCUAAGGCUCCACGAGUCUUUCUCGUUCCAGUCCCAAUGCCGAACUCUGCGGAACAAUAUGUGUGGUUCGAUCUUACUUUUCCCUUGCGUGCGAUUUAUCUGCCUCGCCAGCAUCAAGUCGACGGUGGAGCGAACAAGGAGUGGUGCAUUUUUCAGCACCUCUCUUUCCGCUUGCGCUCACUCGGCCUUAACGCCUAUGUGAAGUCUGGCGAGAAGGCUAUCACCGCCGAGGAGCGGAACAACUUCACUGUAAGCAUGGACAACGGGAAGUACUCCUCUGGUGAUGAUUUCCUCCUCAAAAAGAUUGAGACUCUGUCGGACCCACAAGGCAACAACAAGGUAGUUUCGGCUGUGGAAGGGUUAAUUCCCAAGAGUCCGGCCGCCAACUCGACGAAAUCAGUGUCGGAGCUGAAAGAUAUGCGAACGAAAGCAGAUCCAUCACUCCGCCAGGAGCUCGAAAAGAAAAUGGCCGAGCUGUGCGAGGUAACCCGGUUCACUAGAAACAACGCGAAUAAAGCUUGGGCGGCAAAGUAUGGAGAACUUCAGGCGGCACUCAAGGUCUACGAAGACCGCCAAGAUGAAGAAAUUGAAAAGACGAGACAAGAGUUGCAGGCAGUCGCUAAAUCAUUCGGAGUAAAGGGUGGUGACGUGUCAUAUGUCAACAUCAUGACCGCGCUGGACCGUAAAGCAAAGGUUGUCAAAGCGAAAAUCCGAGAUUUUGAUGCACAGCCGCAUGAACCACCGUUAAAGGAGGAAGAGGAAAAAGCGUUGCAAGAGAAGAACAAGACGUUCGACGAUACCAUGACCAAGACUCGACAGAUCGACCGCGAGCUACAAGAUGCGCGGAAGAAUCGUUUGAAGAUGAACACAUACAACCGGCAGGCAGUCACGCUGAAUCGGGAUGAGCAGCUCGGCUGGGGCAUUCGGAAAGGGUGGAUCGCACGAUUCGACCCAGCUCUGAUCUACCACAGCACCAUGAUCCCGCGCGGCUGGCUCUUGGACGAAUACCAAUCGCCGUACAGCGGCGUCGACAUCUUCGACGAGAAAUCCAUCGACGUGACCUUCGAGCAGCAAAAAGACGAAGAAAUCAUCACGAUGAAUGAAGACCGUGCCACCGAUCUGGCCGAAAUGCUCAGCAAGGAGUGGGGCGCGCGUCUGACCUACGAUGAUACGCCCAUCGAGCCCGAUUUCGUCUGGGGGGUGGUGAAUUCCAUCGCGCAGAUUGGUUUGGGUUUGAUACCGGGGUGGGGCCCUUUGCUUGUGUACGGGGAGACGGUGCUGUAUAAUCUGAUUUUUACGGAUAGUUUUAGUAAGAUUGCUAGUGGUGAUGGCGAGCAGAUCAAGGAGAUAUCGGCGGCGAGUUUGACGCUGCUUGUCGAGAGUAGAGGCCAUCUUAGUAGUGUGGUAAGAUCGAGGCAGGCGAGUGAUGUUCAGGCUUUGAUUAUACAGGGCGUCAGAUGA